CAGCCUUAUAGAGCAAUAGGAUGGGGCAUCAACAGUUGAACUUUUAAAACUGGAUUAAGGGGGGAGUGGGCGAGAACUGUUUUUCCCCCUCUUUUUUUCUUCUACAUUUUGUUCACUCUUGUUUCACUCUUUAUUGGAAUUAUCUCCGAGGUCCAUCAUAUCAAACAUGCCUUUUGCCAAACGAAUAGUGGAACCUCAGCUACUUUGCAGGCAUUCGGCUCCCAGUGACGAGGUGGUGCUCGUCGAGGAUUUGUGCUCCAUCAAUAACGUGGCUCUCUCUCGGACGUUGCGGCAGCUCUCUGACCUGGCCAAGCAUGCCUGCUCAAUCUUCCAGGAGCUCGAGGUCGACCUCAUGUCAACCAACCACCGAGUUCGGGGACUCCAGGACAAGAUUAACAAACUUCAGCAGGGUACCUCCGGCUUGGACCCCAAACAGGAGGCAGUGCCGGUGUCUAACCUGGAUGUGGAGAGUAAGCUGACAGUGCACUACCAAUCCCCCUGGCACCAACAGAGGAACGUACUUCAUCCCUCCACCAGGCCAGCAUGUGUAGAAGAGCUCCACAGGCAAGCCAAACUAAGCCUGCGGGUCCUGCACAGAGAUAACCAGCAGAGACGAGUAAACAACAGGGAGCGGAGGGUAACCAUCGCCGUCUCAGUGGCGCCCCCCAUGCCCACCUACCCCUCACCACGCACCCUCUGUAAGAGACAUCUGAGAAGUGGCAGUCUAAGGACGGAAAGGACUGUGAGGAACUCAGGGACACAGUCAGUGGAGUUGCAACAAAAGUUUGAAAACACCCGCUCCUCCUCCCCUACUGAAUGUUGCCACUUCUCUCCCUGGAGCAGAAAGAUUCCUCCUCCCUCUGACCCUGACGCUGAGGUGGUGGUUCUGGGCCACCGGCCCAAGUUUCCCAUCCCUAACACCCCCACCACCCUGGACAAGCAGACGAACUGGUACACAGCGCUGCCCUUACCCACACCCGAGGAGAGGAUGAAAACCGAUUCCCAAGUGAUCACCUCAUGUAUUGUCCCCAUCAAUGUCACUGGUAAAUAUGAAGUUCCCAGCCUUGCAGAUCCAUCUCGCCAUGUUUUGCUUAGGGUUGGCUUCGACAGAGACGCUAGUGUGCGCUGCUCGCUCGUUCACUCACAGUCUUUGCUCCAGAGGAGGAGGAAGCUGAGGAGACGAAAGACUGUCACCGGCAUUCCUAGACAGGUGCAUCAAGACUUAGACUCUGAUGAAUCUCCUGGUUCCCGAGAGCGGACAGUGAUAGUCCACACCAGCCCAGAAACAACUCCCUGCAGUGACGACCUGGCCAGCCGUCUUAACACAAAGGACUCAGGCUGCCAGACAGAAGACUUUUUGAUCUCAGGAGCACCAUCUCGGAGGCGGAUCAGAGCCCAAAGGUGCCAGGGAGCCUCCCUCUCCAUCUCCUACUCUGCAGGCAAUAUCUCCUCCCUUCCAGACAGCAGUGACACCAUGUUCACUGCUUCAGUGGGUACACGCCUGCGCUCCCGGAGUCUGCCCAGAGAGGGGUGUCGUCUGAUGAAUGAGGGACGCAAUGACAGUGAUGAGGAUGAUGAGGAGGAGCUAUCCCCCUUUGAGACAGAGGACUUCCUGUCUGGACCUGGGGAGCUGAUUCUGAAGGAUGGGGAGGAGAGCAUGGAUGACCAGACCAUGCCAGAACACCAGCUGGGUAGCCUGAAAUACAAACAACAUGCUGAGAGUCCAGAGCAUAGCUGGAUGGAGAGGGACAGAUCCAGAAUGCCCAGACAGGUUGAUUUGGGGAGCUGUGAGAUCUCAUCAAGCUCAGACACUUUCAGCAGCCCCAUCCAUUCAGUCUCCACCACAGGGGUGCUGAGCGGACAGAUGGACCAUAAGGAGGACCACCAGUCCUCCAGUGGCAACUGGAGUGGAAGCAGUUCCACCUGCCCCUCCCAGACGUCAGAAACCAUCCCCCCUGCAGCCUCGCCACCACUGACCGGGUCUUCACACUGCGACUCUGAGCUGUCCCUCAAUGCUGCAACGCACACUAACGAUGACUCCACCAGCUUUGUCUUGGACCACUACCAGAUGGACAGGUUUCAAGGCCUCAGGACCCAGCGGGCAGGCUCCUUCUCCUCCACAGCCAUGGACAUUUUAGAGGACGUGGGGGUCAGCGCUGCUAGUGAGGGUGAGUGGAGCUACCCCCACCCUGACCCUCCCUGUCCACAGGACUUGAGACCUGAGCAGAAUAGAGAGGCUGAAGGCAGCCUGGGUUGCCCCAGCUUCACUAGCAUGGCCACCUAUGAGAGCAGCUACUCUGACAAGCCACUCUCUGAGAAGGCAGACACUGUUUCACACUACUCUGUAGACACUGAAGGCUACUAUACCUCCAUGCACUUUGACUGUGGUCUUAAAGGUAGCAAAAGCUUCACGUAUAACUAUGCAGCCACUGGUUCAGAUUGUAGCCACUCUGACAUCGGUGAUCACAUGAUCUUUGGGAGACGCUUUCUCUCCUUAAAGAAACCAAAGGUGAAGCCAUGUCCCCCUAAGCGGAGUUCAUCCUUAAGGAAAAUAUGCAGUGAGGGAAACAUCCCUGAAAAGAGAGAACCAAAGAUAACGUGUGGGCAGCAGCUGCCUUUGUCUUCCAAGGAGGGAAAAUUACACUUAAAUUUGGCAAGUUCCCUCGGUAAUGUUGACAGCCCCUCACUAAUCAGGGAGCCGCUGGAGUCCUGGGGUGUUGAGGGCUCGGUCGAGCUAUCUGACCUGGCCAUGUUUAACUCCACAGACACACACUCCUUCAAGGGUGAGGGGGUUGUACAAUCAGACUAUGCAGAUCUAUGGCUCCUAAAUGAUUUAAAAUCCAGUGAUCCCUACCGAUCGCUGUCAAACUCUAGCACUGCUACAGGUACGACUGUUAUUGAAUGCAUCAAGUCACAGGAGAGCUCUGAGUCCCAGACAUCCCAGUCUGGAUCCAGGGCCACCACCCCCUCACUUCCAUCAAUGGAGGGAGAGUUCAAGCUUUCAUCACCCGAGAGGCUGGCAGGCCUGGCAUCCCCUUCCAGCGGCUACUCCAGUCAGUCAGAAACUCCCACCUCUUCAUUCCCAUCUGCCUUCUUUCCUGGUCCGCUGUCACCAUCCAGUGGCAAGAGGAAGCCCAAAGUCCCAGAGAGGAAGUCCUCCCUGUCCUCACUGGCAUCGCUGUCCUCCAGGGACUCCUCAAAGAAAGACCUGGAGUUGCCGAUCAUACCUCCCUCCCACCUUGACCUAAGUGUCCUUCACAAUGUCAUCAGCAAGCCUUUAGUUGACAGGAAUCAGAUGCAUGUCCUCCACCAAAUCAAACAGCAGGCUUUGGGCCCUUCCAUAGUGAAAACUGUUGUGCCAACUAGCAUAGAGUCAGCUCGCAGCCACCCCAUGGCCAUCACCCCCACAGUGUUGCACUCAGUCCAGCUGAGAUCCAUCAGUAAGGAAAGCGAAGGCCGUUAUGACAAAGCCAUCACCGAUGCUGCUACAAGACCCAAAUGUACCUCUGUGAACACUGUCAGCACACUUUCCAGCAGUAAGUCCUUAGAAUUCAGAAGUCCCCCAGUCUACAACUCACAUCAUCAUACCCUAUCUCAGGAGUCCCUUGAAUCACUGGUUACCCCAAAGGAAGGACCUUUAGGCAUGAUAGAUGUGGUACGUCACUGUGAUGUGAGGAAUAAACAGGACAAACAGGCUCCAGCUCUUUUGGAGAGUAUGACAUCAUUCAGAUUCCAGUCGGAGCAGUCCUCAGAGCAGGAGUUUUGUCAUAAGGGCAGUAAUAACACUGAGCUCAACACUUGUCAAGAAGGAGAGAUGUUCAAGAAUUCACCUGAAAUUCGCCUCAGUGCUGGAGGAACCAGCUUUGAGUCAGACCCUUUCCAACCACAACGAACUAAGCCAUCUGAUCAUGAACCCACAUUGUGUCUAAUAAAACAAGGUCCUCAUUCUGAUCAGGAUAGUCCAGACACCAAAUAUGACAGUCUUGACAAAGUGCCUGUUACAAGCUAUCAGUCAGAGACAUCGCAAGCUUGUCCAACCAGUGAUGAUGAUAGCAACGAGGUUGAACAUGCGUCACCAGGUGCACCGACCACAAGUGCCUCGCAAGACAGCAAUGAGAUGUCCACACCAGAAACAGAGGAUUACUUCAGUAAAGAGUCUGCACCCAGUGAAAAUGCAACUUUCCCUGUAAAUGAGGCGACGAGGACAGAGGACGACAGUGUCUUUCUGUCACCCUCCAAAGCGCGCACAACGGAAGAUCUGUUUGCAAUGAUACACAGAUCCAAAAGGAAGGUCUUGGGCAGAAAAGAUUCCACCGAGUUAAGUAUGAGACACCGCCUAGGCGCUGCAUCAGGGAACACAUCAUUCGUCAACCCAAAUUCACCGGUAAACCCCACAUCUCCUGUAACCCCGGUAACCCCUACAGGCCUUCAGAAAGUCCCCGGACCCAUAUACAGGAGCGUUAAGAAGUCUAGCACCUCCAAUGAGGAGUUCAAACUGCUACUGCUUAAAAAGGGCAGCCGCUCUGACUCUAGCUACCGCAUGUCAGCUACGGAGAUCCUAAAGAGCCCCAUUACUCCUAAAUCUCCAGGAGACUCGUUGAUGGAGGGACAACCCAGACAAGCUGAGGAGAUGCCCUCUCCCAUGCAGCAGCAACCCACAUCAGUACAAGAGCAACUCUCCAUCCCACUUCCCAAAGCCAACACUGAGGGGUUCUCCUCAAAGGCCUUCCCUGUACCGGCUGCCUCCAGACAGAGUCGCUCCAGGAUCCCUCCACCGGCUAACAGCAGUCGCUACGGCAUGCGCAGCAGACUUUUCACUGUGCCCAUGCAGGCUAUCUCUGAAGGGGAAACAGAAAACUCAGAUGGGAGCCCUCAUGAUGACCGCUCAUCAUCAGGCUCCACUUAGAAAUACAGCAUCCACCCUAAGUUGCUGUCAGUCAUUAUGAAAGAGUAGAGCAAAUCAUCAGGUUUGACAUUUUUCUCUUUUCUUUUUUUUUUUUAACUGAAGAAAAAAGUUACAUGAAAAUAGCAAAACAAUAGGACCAGAAUAAAUGGUGGUGGUAUUUGAGCAAUGGUCAAUCCCUGUGAAAUACUGUAGUAUGUGGUCUUGACUUGGAGCAAUGACUAGUAAUUAGAUUCUGUAUUCAUGAGGUUGAUUAACAUGGCACAAUGAUUAACACCAAUUUGGAGGCAAAAUAAUCAUUAAGUUUACUGUCUGUGGCAAUGAGUUUGAUACCAUGUUAUUCUUCAGAAGUCGUAAAUGAUUUUACCUGCAUCUGAAAACCUUCCAGAUAUACAUGUUAGGACUUACCCAUAAAAGAGACACUAUCAGGAAAACAGAACUUGUGAAUAUGCUGUAGAGGAAUAUA